CUGGACAAAAAGUUUAUAUGGUCUCUCUGUCGUAUCCCUUGUUCUGUUUAAGCGCAGCUUCAUACUCACUGUCAUGUCACUGAACUUCCAUUAAAACCCCGAAUCCCCCGAACGAACAUUCCGACAUUCAUUUUGCUGUUUCCUCUUCCAUAGGAGACAUGUGCUCGGCCCUCUCAUGGCUUCCUCUUCCACCCGCAUUCAGGACGACGAAGAGACUCAUCAGCAAAGCAACCUGAACGUCACAAACCACCUCAAUCCCUUCAACCCCUUCUCGACGUUGAGCUUCUGGGUCUCGAGGUCAUUCCGGAAGCUGCACUUCACCUCUCGCUUCACUGACGGGUCGUCCUGUUCCACGAGGAUUUGUUACAGCGGCAUGGUGGCGAACAACUCUGUCUUCUCUGCUUCUUCUUCUCCAUGUUUUCUUGGGGAAGAGAGGUGCGAAACUGCAUUCAGCUCUGAUCUAUCGGCAUCGGCUAUAAUGAGAGGAGACUUCCGGUGCAGCUCCGAGGAGUCUUCUUCGGUCUGUUCGGUCUUUUGGGGUUCGAAUAGAAUAGAUAGAUUAGAUUGUUUUACCAGUAAUGGCGGCGAGGAAUGUGCAGAGAAAAUGGCUCAUUUGACAGAGACAAGCAUGGAGAAACGAGGGUCUACGAUCUCAGAUAUGAAGAUGAUGAUGGAGAGGUUCUCGAAGUUGCUUCUCGGGGAGGACAUGUCGGGAUGUGGAAAUGGGGUUUGCACAGCACUCGCCAUAUCGAAUGCCAUCACUAACCUUUGUGCAACCCUGUUCGGGCAACUCUGGCGUUUGGAACCCAUACCGCAAGAAAGGAAAGCCAUGUGGAGAAGAGAGAUGGAGUGGCUUCUUGGCGUUACGGAUCACAUUGUCGAGUUGGAGCCCUCUUCGGAGACAUUCUCUGAUGGAAGCAAACUCGAGGUCAUGACUUGCAGACCCCGAUCAGAUAUUUACAUCAACCUCCCUGCACUCUGCAAGCUAGAUAACAUGCUGCUUGAGAUAUUAGAAAGUUUUAAGGACACGGAAUUCUGGUACGUCGACCACAACAUUUUUUCCCUAGGCAGCGAGGGAUCAUCUGCUUUUAGAGAAGUGCCACAGCGCCAGGAAGAGAAAUGGUGGCUUCCCAUUCCUCGGGUUCCCCCGGGAGGUCUAAGUGAAGAUUCACGGAGGAGCUUACAGAACAAGCGCGAUUGCACUAACCAGAUAUUCAAGGCCGCGACAGCGAUAAACGCCAUCACUUUAACAGACAUGGAAGUCCCUGAAUCGUAUAUGAGAGCUCUUCCAAAGAAUGCGCGUGCUAGCUUGGGAGACAUUGUUUACCGUUACAUUACAUCAGAUCAGUUUUAUCCUGACUGUCUGCUCGACUGCCUCGAUGUGUCCUCGGAACAUCAGGCAAUAGAGAUAGCAAACAGGGUCGAGGCCUCGGUAUUCUUAUGGCGCAAGAGAACCAGUAAACCUAACAGCAGUAUCCAUACUAGAUCGAAUUCCAAGUCAUCUUGGGAAUUGGUCAAGGAGCUAGUGACCGAUUCCGACAAAAGGGAGCUGUUUGCUGAUCGAGCCGAGAGCCUGUUGCACUGCCUGAAGCAGCGGUUCCCUGGUCUCCCGCAGACAACCCUGGACGUCUGCAAAAUCCAAUUCAACAAGGAUGUUGGAAAAUCCGUUCUGGAGAGCUACUCGAGAGUAUUGGAAAGCAUGGCAUACAAUAUUGUGGCUCGUAUUGAUGAUCUACUCUGCGUAGAUGACCAUACCAAACGACCAGACAAGUUGCCUCCUAACAACAAGGACCUUGGUCAGUGUGCUCCCAAGAGAAGCAGUCCUGCAAUCCCGCAAUCCAUGCCAGCCUCAAGCACUCCAUAUAAGACUGCUUUCACCACUCCGAGUUUUUCUCCUGCACGCAUGUUUAGUCCCUUGAAGGGAGAUCAGCAGUCACUCUAUAUUACCGUGCCAAGAUCCCUGUUAAAAGGGCCCUGAACGAUUACUUCGGCGCAGAUGGAAAGCAGAAGGAGUCUGGGACUUUAGCUGAGAAGCUGGGGUACUCGUCCUCACACACGAGCCUAGAAGUGUUGGCAGCCCAAAAUGGGAGAGAACUACUGAACUUGCAGGAGGUUUAAAGAGAUCAAGUCGGGGAGGAUUGGCACGGCGUUUUCUGAUGAGGAGCAGUCCCUGUAAUUUAAUUUUCGAUGUUUGCUGCUCUGAGCAGGCCUGUGCUUGUUUGUACUGAAUGUUCUCACCAAAAAUUUGGAGCAAAGCUGAAAUUCGUCGA